AUGGCCCCCAACCUCAAGCGCACUCAAAAUGUUCUCCAAACUGUUGACUUGGAUCUUAUCCAACCAGUCAAGGCAGGAUUCCCUACACUCACAUCGGAAGUUGCACACCAAUCUGAAAAUGUCACUGUCCAGACACCGCAACAAGACAGCAGCAGCUACUGGGAAUGGUCCGCAGAGAACGACGCUGAAAUCAACAAGCUUAUUGAUGAGCAAAGCCUCUCGGCUGAUCACAUCGUUGCCAACAUUCUAAGGCAAGCAGCAGCUCCUGCGUCUUCCACUUUGGCUGCAAAUGAUCAAUACUGGGACUGGUCUCACGCCAAAACGGAAAGCGUUGACUACUGGAACUGGCCAUCCAACGAUGACGAACAACAAGGCUCAAUAGGAGCGGCUAUAGACAGCGACUCCUACUGGGCAUGGUGA